AUGGAAGGAGUGAAAAUGCAAGAAGAUGGGCACUAUACUACGUUUCGCUAUUCUUUUACCUUCACAAAAGCACUUAUCUCUCUCACAAACCCCAGUCUUCCCCACCUCAGCGCUUUCCUCACCUCGGAGACUAAAUGCACUGCGACCCGGAGGCUUGUGGGCAUGAAGUGGCUGGGCGAAUCCAAGAACAUGGUCUUGAAUGGCAGACGACAUGGGACCAAGUUGAGCGAUCCUCCUGCCAGCCGCUCCCAGUCCCAGAAGGGCUCCCUCCGUCACAGCAAGGCCCUGCAGCGGAGUCGCAGAUGUAGCCGCAGGUGUAGUGCAGCCAACCUCGAGUCGGAGCGGCGGUACAUUCCGUCCUCAGGGAUGACCGCCAAAGAACUGUGUGAGAACGAUGACCUCACCACCAGCCUCAUCCUCGACCCCUACCUGGGCUUCCAGACACACAAGAUGAACACAAGGUUCCGGCCGGUGAAAGGGCGGCAAGAGGAGCUGAAGGAAAUCAUCGAGCGCUUCAAGAAACAUGACAACAUGGAGAAGGCCUUCAGAGCACUUACAACCGGAGACUGGGCCAGAUCCUUGUUAGUCCACAAAACCAAGGCUCACGAGAAGCUCUUCAAACAACAUGUAUUUGUGUACUUGCGGAUGUUUGCUCAAGACAGUGGUUUUGAAAUCCUCCCCUGCAACAGAUACUCAUCGGAGCAAAACGGUGCAAAGAUUGUAGCCACAAAAGAAUGGAAGAGGAACGAUAAGAUGGAGUACCUGGUGGGCUGCAUCGCAGAACUAUCGGAGAGCGAGGAGAACCAGCUGCUGCGACAUGGAGAGAACGACUUCAGCGUCAUGUACUCCACUCGCAAGAACUGUGCCCAGCUGUGGCUCGGGCCGGCCGCCUUUAUUAACCACGGUAUGAGUCUGUGUGCGUACCUAUGA